AUGCCCUGUAUCCAGGAAUUGAUGUUGUCCUAUGUGUCCUUUAACAAUUCGGUCACGAACAAGUUUGCUAAAAUAUUUGGUUUCCUGACAAUUGGCUUGCCAACUACAAGACGACCAAACGCAUCAUACGUCAUCGAAACACUGAGGUCUCUGGUUGGUCACACAACUGAUGAGGACAAGAAUAAUACGACGAUAGUUAUUUUCCUUUCCGAUAGAAACGCCACCUACGCAGAGGAAUUUGCGCAAAACGUAAUCCUGUGGUUUCCUACGGAAUUGGAAAACGGCUUUAUUCAUGUUGUUCGCGCACCUGAUGCCUAUUACCCAUCAUUAAAAAACCUGAAGAAAACCUAUGGAGAUGACAUGGAACGUGUAAAAUGGCGAUCCAAACAGAAUCUUGAUUAUGCCUUUCUCAUGCAUUAUUCACAGCCUCUUUCCGAAUACUACCUGCAGCUGGAGGAUGACGUCAUCGCAGUUCCUAAUUAUCUGGGUCAGAUAAAGUCUUAUAUACAACUGAUGAACACACAUGAGGUAUGGACUAUGCUGGAAUUUUCUCGCCUCGGUUACAUUGGUAAACUGUAUCACAGUUCUGAUGUUGGUAAACUUGCUCAUUUGUUGUGGGGUUUCUUUAACGAACAACCUUGUGACUAUCUGCUGACGCAUUUUCAGAAAAUAAUGUUGCAGAAAUCACGCUUCAUUUAUCCGAAGGAACUAUUUCUACACAGUGGGUAUUAUUCAUCGUUACCAGACCAGACCAGACCAAAGUUGGUAAAAACCACUGCGGCCACAUUGUCCACGACAAUGACCAUUCACGAGCGUUUCACUUUGGAUAACGUAUACUCAGGCAAGGGGAACAUGUGGGCAAAAGAUGUAAAAAUUGGAGAUACAGCGACGAUAACAUUCACCAAACCUCGAAAACUGGUACAGAUAACCAUAGCUACUGGGGCCAAGAGCCAGAAGAUGGAUGUAGCGGAAAGCGCCAUCUUGGAGUACAGCAGUGACACAACCUGUACAACGUACACGUAUCUGUGUACGUUUGAUGAAGCAGGUGAAGCAAAUUAUGUCAAAGAUGGCCUUGAAAGUGUUCGAUGUCUGAGGAUGAGGAUGACAAAAUCUCAAAAAUACUGGCUCAUUAUCAAUGCAAUACGUAUAUUGUAG